AUGUCAAAAUAUUAAUCAGAGUUUAGCGAUAUCAAAUCGAAAUCUCUCGUGUUGCCCUCAAUCAAAUAACCACACACCAUCAUCACUGCUGCUGAACUCGAAUAAAUAAAAUCUCACAUCACCUACACGGAGUAGAAGCCAUAGAAAAGUUUUGACAGUCAAAAGGUUUGGGCAUAACGCAUCGAGAAAUAGAGACAGUAGAAAGAAAAGGAGAAGUUCCAGAAAUUCAUCCUGGAGGAGGAGGAGAGACGCAAGAUUGAUAGAGAAGAAGCAGACUAUCAAGAAAAACUAAAGAUUGAUUAAAUAGGCGAUGCCAAUAACAAAAUAUUUGGAUAGAGAGCAGAUGUGAGAAACAUGAAAUCUAAAAUGUUAUGGUCAGAGAUAGACAAAGCCAAUUAGAAACUGAUUAAGUUGAACAAGGACAAAUAGGAAAUGCAAUUAAUGUUUGAAGCAUAAAAAACAAGAGAAAUUGAAACCCAAAAGUUUUUAUCCGAAUAGGCAGAAUUGGAAAAAAGUUAAUUCAAAGAGUAAUUGAAAAAAUAAACUUAUGAUUCCUUAGCCAAACAGCAUCAUGAAGUUAAAGAGAGGUAUCUUAAGGAAUAUGUUUAACUUAAAAAAGAAGGCGAAAUAAUCAAAAAAUAAGCUGAAGAAGAGGAGAUCAAGAAAGAAAAAUAAAAAGAAGAAGAUAAAUUAAAAAAGUAAAAAUUAUUAGUUGAACAUUAACAAUUCCUUCAAAUUAAAUAAAGAAAGUAAUAAGAUGAAUAGAAAUUCGAUGAGAAUGAAUCGAAGGAAAGAGAUCGAUAUCAUUAAUAAAAGGAUAGAGUCUUAGAAAUGAGAAAAGAAAGAGAAAUAGAAAAGAAGCAAAGAUAAUUAAAAAUCAGACAGCAGAUCUAUGACAUUAGAGUUUAAGAAUUGAAAAAAUAAGAUGAUGAUUAUAUGUAAAGAGUACAAAAACAUGCCGAGGAGUUGUAAAAGCAUGAGGAGGAAGUGGCCAAAUAAAAGGAAUUAGAAAAAUCAUAGAUGAUCUAAGAUGGGGAACAAUUUCGAUUAUAGCAACUAAUAUUGAAAGAAAAAUAAAAAGAGAAGGAGCAAUAAGAAUUAUAAUAGGAACAUCAAUUGAAAAUAAGUGCUUUACAAUAAUUGUCUUCUGUGGAGGAUCAAUAAAAGGAAACUUUGAAACGAAGAAACAAAGAGAUCCAAGAAUAUCAAAAGAUGCAAAUUGAACUUAAAAAGUAAAUGAGAAGAAACCAAUUUCUAAAUGAACUGAAGGAGUCCAAAUAAAUGGAACUUCGCUCGUAAAUAGAAAAGGACGCUUUUAACAAUUGGGCACAAUCUUAGAUUUCAGAACUCAAGGAAUCGGGAUUAAAUAUGUAUCCAUUAACAAAAUCAUUUAAAGUAUGA